UAGAGGCUGCUCUGGUUAGAGAGCAUUUACAUUUUACAACUUGAGAGGAAAGCUUUCCUGGAUGUGGUACUGGAUGAGAUACUUUACAAUAGCAACCUGCGGACAGAUCCAUAGGAGUCGGUGAAAGCAGACACAAACCUCUUCUAUAGUUGGACACUGCACAUCAGAAAUUCGACCCCUCUAGUAAUCAAAAAGCCUCUGUCAAGUAGGUUCACUCUCAGAGGAGUUCUUCUGUUAUCUUAAAGAGGAACACAGGUGACAGUGCUUGGAAAAAGAGAAAGGAUCACAGCAUGGGAGCUGGGACUUCUACAGGACAGAUCGAGGACAAGACCAACGAAGAACAAGCUGAGCAAUGCGUUGACCUAGGACUACAGGAGCAAGAUGGUCAAGAGGUGGAGGUCAACAUAGCAGGUGAUGCCAAGUUGCUUCACACAAAUGGUAAAAUAGCCCUAAUCAACGGGGCCACUGAGGAAGGCGUGGAAGAAGCACUACAGGUCUCAGAUGUAAAUGGACAUGGGAUAGGAGAAGAAAUAAUAGCAGUUGUUAAAGAAGUUGAGCAACAAGAGCCAGCAAGUGUAACACUGGACAAGGAAGCAGCUGAAGACAUGGGGAUUGUGCAUAAUGAUUCCACUGCAGAAGAAACUGCAAAGGAAGAUGAUCAAGUUGAAACACCAGAAGCCAUUGAUAUAACACCAGAAUUUGAAGAGAAAGCAGAAUCUCCAGGACAAGCCAAUGAAAAUCAGAACAAUGAAGUAGGGUUCAAGAAAGUAUUUAAAUUUGUGGGCUUUAAAUUCACAGUAAAAAAAGAUAAAACUGAGAAGUCUGAACCUGUACAACUUCUAACUGUGAAAAAAGAUGAAGUUGAAGUAAAUGGCACAGACUAUCAGACAAUCGAGGAGCAUAUUAAUACUGAUAAUACUGAAGUUGGAAAGACCGAAAUCCAAGACCCCAACAAUAGUGAGAAGCCUUCUGAAAGUCCAGAUAAGCCAGCACUGGGUGCUGAAAGUCCAAAUGAAACCCCUGAAGAAAAUCAAAAGAAAGUGGAAGAAUCUGAAGGUGAAAAAGAUCAAAAGUCCCCAGAGUCUCCUACAAAUGCUGUUGUCACUGAAACAUCUUCUCCAUUUAGGAGAUUUUUCACUCAAGGAUGGGCUGGACUAAGGAAGAAGACAAGCUUUAAGAAGUCAAAAGAGGAAGACCCACAGGAAGUUGAGAAACAAAUCAAAGUUGAAGAGCAGGAAAAGAAUGACGUACCCAAGGCUGUAGAAGAGGAGAGCACAACUGAAACACAACCAGCUGAAAAUCAUUCUGUGCUACAGGAAUUAAGUAAAUCUUCAAGUGAAGAUUCAAAGGUGUCUGCUGAGGAAAACAUUGAAAUUAUACCUGAAGACAAACCAAAACAAGAGGAACCUUCACUUGAUGAUGAAGCAGCACUCAAAUUAGAAGGCAGUGUAAAAGAAGAUGAAGAGGUUGCCCCAGCAGCAGAAAAUAAAGAGUAUACACCUGAAACAGUGACUUCAGUCCCAGAAGCAAUUGAAUUGUCUAAGGUAAAAGCUGAGGCUGAAACUUUGGAAGACAAUAUUGAAACCCAGACAACUGAUGAAAUCGCUGUAGAACCAGCUGCAGAAGGAAUAAAUGAGGACUUGCAAGGAACAUCUGAGACUGGAGCUGUAGAUAAUGAUCAGUCACAGUUGGUUUCAAGUACUGAAAGUGGAGAGGCCAUCACCACAGAAGCUGAAUUGUUGUCAACACAAGAGAAAGCCAAAAUUCAAGGCAGUCCAUUAAAAAAACUUUUUAGCAGCUCUGGGUUAAGGAAACUUUCAGGAAAGAAAACUAAAAGUAAAAAGGAAGAUGAAGGCAAGAUAGAAAUCACAGCAGAAGCUAUUUCAUCUGAGUUCCCAGAGGCUCGAGAAAUAGAUGGCGGAGAUAGCUCUCCAUCCUCUCCUGAUGAGUCAGCAGAUACAUCUCCUAUAGAAAAACCAUCAGAUGAAGUACAACAGACUACAGAAGUAGAAGGAGAAGGCGCAACAUCUGAUGGUGAAAGAAGAAAAGAUGGAAUCACACCAUGGGCUUCAUUUAAGAAACUUGUCACACCAAAAAGACGCCCAAAGCGACCAUCUGAAAGCGAUAAGGAGGAUGAGGUUGAAAAAGCAAAAACUUCAACUAUGUCUUCUACAGAUAGUGCAGGUACUGGUGAAAAUCAGGAAGAACCCAAAGAGACCAAUGAAGAACAAAAACUUGAAAAAAGCACAGAAGAAAGCAAAAAGAAAGUUGACACUUCAGUGUCAUGGGAAGCUUUAAUUUGUGUUGGUUCUGCCAAGAAAAGAGCAAGAAAAACUUCCGAUUCAGAUUCAGAUGAAGGAAUAAAAUCUCAAGAUGAGGCUAAGAAAACAGAAGAAAUUGUACCUGCUAAGGAAACUGAUUCUGAUAGCCCUAUUACAAGUUCACAGGAACAACAAAUACAAGAAAGUACAUCACCAGAUCAAACUGGCAGUCCUACAGAAUCGGAUGGGGUAUCUACUUGGCAGUCUUUUAAAAGACUUGUCACUCCUAGACGCAAGUCAAGAACAAGAGUAGAAGACAAAACUGAUGAAAAUGCUACAGCAGCCAAUGCAGAACAGUCAACCUCAGAGGGUGAGGCUGGUAAAGAAGAAACUUGGGUUUCAUUUAAGAAGCUGAUUCCAGGGCGAAAGAAAAAAAAAUCUGAUGGCAAACAAGAACAUGCUCCUACUACUGAAGCUGGUCAGGCAUUAAAUGAAUCAGCUGAAGAUGAUUCUGAUGAACCUGCAGUAGUUCCUUUAUCAGAAUUUGAUGCUGCAGAGCAGGAAAAACUAGAUGCUCAAAUAUUGGAAGAAGCUAUACCAACUAUUGGUGGAGAACAAGAAGGAUAUUUCGAAAAGUCUACCGAAGAACUUAUUCAUGCAGUAACAGUAACUGUAAUUGAAGGAGAAAGAGCAAUAACUAGUCUAGAAGAAAGGUCUCCAUCCUGGAUCAGUGCAACAGUUUCUAAAAAUAUUGAGCAUGCAAAAGAAACUGAAGAAGCCAUUGAAAGAAUAAAAACAGAGGUCACAGUUGAAGAGACCGUGGUGCUAAGCACAGUCUCCCAGGUUAUGACAGUAGUACCAAACACAUUAAUGAAUGAGAUGGAGUUAACAUCAGAAGCUUUAACAGCACUAGAGGAAGCAAUAGAAAAUUCAUGUGCUGAAGAGACAACGGAAAUGAUAUCUGCUGUUUCACAACUAGGUGAGUCAGUUGUUUCAACUGAAGAAGCUACACCUGUGCCAGAGGAGGAUGCAACUAUGAAGACUUUAGAAGACCAAAAGAAGCAUACUGAAAGUAUACUACAUGAAGCAGCAGAAAAGGCAAAACUAACAGUCAAUACAUUUCAAUUGCAAACAUCUCAAGAUGUAACUGAUGUUUCUGCUACAAUGGAGGACAAGGAGAUAGUUUGUGAGUCUGCUCCCCUGUGUGCUGAAGAACAAACACUUUUAACCCCUGUUUCCUUAGAAGCUCACAAUAUUACAAGUACCAUAGUAAGUGCUGAAGAGACUGUUGAGCAAAUAUGUAUUACUGUCUUUCAGAAAACAAAGGAAAGUGUCACUACUUCUGAAACUGUGCAGAAUUAUUUAAAUACCCCAGUUGCCACUUUAGACCAAACUGUUAACAUUUGUAUCAGUGCCUCACUUUCAAAAGAAGAACAGGCUGAUGAAUCUACCUUGCUGGGUACUGACAAAAGUGAUGGACAUCUUUUAACUUCCUCUGAGGAUCAGGUGGUAGAAGAAACUCCAGUUGUCACUGAGUCUCUAGUUAAAGAUAGUACCACUGAUUUGGAAGUUUAUUAUGCUAAAGUUGACUCACGUUCUGCAGAAGAUAUAAAGAAAAAUGAUGACCUAACUAGUUCAACUGACGUGAAAGAAAGUGUGCUUGCCUUAGCUGAGAUACAGGAUGAAGAAGUUAGUACUGCAGUAGCUCAAGUUCAGAUUGCAGAUAAUGCCUGUACAUCAAAUGAGUUACAGACUAAAGAAAGUGUCUUUGCAUCAGUUGAAGUUGUACCAGUAUCAAGAGAAGUGCAACCUGAAGAAGUUGUAUCUGUAUCAAGUGAAGUGCAGCAUGAAGAAGUUGUACCUGUGUCAAGUGAAAUACAGACUGGAGAUGUUGUAGCUGGUUCAAGUGAAUACCAGCCUGAGGUAGUUGUAGCUUUAGCAGGUGAAGUAAAGUCUGAAGAAAAUGUUACCCAAUCAAGUAAAAUACAUCCUGAAGAAGUUGCCCCUGUAUCAAGUGAAGUGCAGCCUGAAGACGUUGCACCUGUAUCAAGUGAAGUGCAGCCUGAAGACGUUGCACCUGUAUCAAGUGAAGUGCAGCUUGAAGAAGUUGCUCAUGUAUCAAGUGGAGUGCAGCUUGAACAAGCUGCACCCAUACCAAGUGAACUGCAGCCUGAAGAAGUUGUACCUGUAUCAAGUAAAGUGCAGCCUGAGGAAAUUCCACUAUCAAAUGAAGCGCAGCCUGAAGAAGUUGUAACUGUAUCAAGUGAAGUUCAGCCUGAAGAAGUUGCACCUGUAUCAAGUGAAGUUCAGCCUGAAGAAGUUGCACCUGCAUCAAGUGAAGUGCAGUCUGAAGAAGUUGCACCUGCAUCAAGUGAAGUGCAGCCUGAAGAUGUUGCACCUGUAUCAAGUAAAGUUCAGCCUGAAGAAGUUGCACCUGUAUCAAGUGAAGUGCAGUCUGAAGUUGCACCUGCAUCAAGUGCAGUGCAGCCUGAAGAUGUUGCACCUGUGCAGCCUGAGGAAGUUGCUCAUGUAUCAAGUGAAGUUCAGCCUGAAGAAGUUGCACCUGCAUCAAGUGAAGUGCAGCCUGAAGAUGUUGCACCUGUAUCAAGUAAAGUUCAGCCUGAAGAAGUUGGACCUGUAUUAAGUGAAGUGCAGUCUGAAGUUGCACCUGCAUCAAGUGCAGUGCAGCCUGAAGAUUUUUCACCUGUGCAGCCUGAGGAAGUUGCUCAUGUAUCAAGUGGUGUGCAUCCUGAAGAAGUUGCACCUGUAUCACAUGAAGUGCAGCCUGAAGAAGUUGCACCUGUAUCAUGUGAAGUGCAGCCUGAAAAAUUUGUACCUGUAACAAUUGAAGUGCAGCCUGAGGAAGGUUUGCAUAUUUCAAGUGAACUGCAGUCUGAAGAAGUUGUACCCAUAUCAUGUGAAGUGCAGCCUGAAGAUGUUGAACCUGUAUUAAGUGAAGUGGAGAUGGUAAAAGCAAGUGAGGUGCAGCUUGAAGACUCAAAUGAGGUGAAACCAGAAGAAUGUGCUGCUGUGUCGGUUGAGAUGGAGUCUGAAGAAGGUCUGAAUGUGCCAGUUGAAAACAAGGUGGAAGAAUAUUUCUCUGUUUCAGAUGAUGCACAGGCUGAAGAAGGUAUCACUGUUACAGCUGAGCUUCAGACUGAAGAAAGUGUUCCUGUGUUAAAUGAGGCACAAGAUGAAGCAAGUGACAGUGUGCUAUCUGAAGCAAAGAUUGAAGAAAGUAGUUCUGUGUUGGUUGAUGCGAACAUUAACAAAGUUGCCCCCGUGUUAGCUAAUCUUCAAGUGGAAGAGCAAGCUCCUGAAUUAGUUGAGAUGCAGGCUGAUGAAAGUGCCCCUAUAUCAAAAGCGGCUGAAGAUAAUGUGCAAGUAGAUGAAGGUACUAAUCUUUCAGCUGAUGCACAGCCUGGAGAAAAACCCUCUGUUUUAAAUGAAUCACAGGCUGAAAAUACUUCCUCUGUGUUUGCUGAGGCUCAGGACAGUGACCAAGUAUCAUCAAAUGUGCAAACCGAAGAAGUUGGUCAUAGGACAUCUGAAGUGCAGGCUAAAGAAGUUUCCCCACUGUCAGAUGAAUUGCAGGCUGAAGAAAGUUCCCAAGAGUCAGUUGAGUUGCAGACUGAAGAAAGUGUGGACCUUACACAAGUAUAUACUGAAAAAAUUGCACCUGUUGCCGUUGAACUAAUUAGUGAUGUACAAUCUGAAGUCUGUGAAGUGCAAGCUGAGGAAGUUACUGAAUCAGUUGAGAUUCAAGAUGAUGGUAAUGCAAGUGCUGCUUUAAUCGAUGAACAUAAGGAACAUAUUGAAGAAGUUAUUCCUGUUAAUAAGGUAGAUACUAAAGAAAAUGUUUCUGAGAAUGAUGCCCAAGAAAGUGAAAGGGUUCUGGUUUCAAUAGAAGAUAGCUGCAGUGAUAGCCAGAUACAGAAAGUAAUUACUGAAGGAACCAUGGCAGUGACUGAUGUAUUGCUAGCUGAACCGCAAACUAGUGAAUUACAGAGUGAAAACACCUGUACGUACAGUGACAACACUGAAUUCAAAGAUACCCCACCAACCACUGCACCAGAAGAGGCAAAAGAACCUGAAGAAGAAGGUAAAGACAAAAUAACUCAUAGUCAAGAAGAAAUUGUGGAAAUUAUUAAGGAAGAGGAAGUUAUCACUUCAGAUAUUCCAGAGCUGCAAAGCUCAGAGGCCAUCAAAGCAUCUGAGCCAGUUACAGCAGCUGCAGUAGAAGAACAAGUCUUAACAGAGAAUGUAAAAAACAUUGAAAUACCCCAAGAUAGUAUAGAAGAUCAUGACAGAAGAUCUGAAGAUAUUGAAGUAUUAUCCAAUGGAGUACAGGUCAUAGCAGAGUCUGUCUCUCAGAAAGCUGCAGCUAUUGUGGAUGCUGCAAUUGAAGCAGCUACAAAUUGUUUUGUUGUUGAUGCUACCCUCCAAGACAAAGCACUUGAAGAAACUACUGUAUCUGAACAUGUAGAGAUAACUGAAAAAACUAACGUCAAAACUAUAUCUAUUGAAUCAUGCAGUACAACUAUUGUACAAAGUAUCAUUGAAACAGCAGUGGAAACCAUAGUAAGCAACAUUCAUAUAAAUAAAACAGUUAGUAUUCAAGGACAGAAUCUGGAAAAUGAAAUUGAUUCACAACUUCAAGAAACUGCAUCUGUUCAUGAGCCCAUCAAGUCAAGUGAACAGCUUGAAGAAAGUGAAGAAUUAAUGAGGAACACAGGUAAAGAAUUUGAGUCUGCUAUUGUGGCUCAUAUUCAAGACGAGAAUGAACAUCAAACAUCCACUCAAGCUUCAGAGGUGAAUGCUCAGGAAAAAGCACCGACUGUUGAAUCCUGAGACCUCAUUUUGCAGAUUGUGAUGAAUAACCGAAGAAACGAGAAUGUGAAGGCUGCUGAAGCUACCAAAGAGGUGGAAGCUGUAAUGUGAAAAAAGAUGACAAUUCUAAAUUAUGAAUUCUAAAGAUGGAGCACACCUGUCUUCAUUAAUAAGAAUGAACUGUUUGACAAUCCUGAGGUCUCAUCGGGAGCUUAACCAGAUUUGUCCCUUGCUCUUAAAUAUUUUUCUGCAUUCUUGUUUAGAUGCUAAAUAUUAGGAGGCAGAAUCCUAGGGGUUUCUAUUCCAAUUUGCCUUUUAAAGGUACCUGGCACCAAAGUCUUACAUCUGUAUUAAGGCUGUAUGUUUGAAAUAUCUCAUGGUAUAUUGCCGGAGUUAUAUGUUUCCAUAAAACUGUCCAAAACUCUAGGGGACAUCUUGUGUAUUUAUGUGUAUAUCAACGUCUUGUUUGUUUCAUUUAAAUUACUGUAUAUUUCCUUAUUUUUAAGUCUAUAUGUAUUAAAGGAGAAGAAAACAGCAAACUAGCUUAGCAUACAAUGCCUUACAAGUGAAGCUACCUGCAUGUGAUCUACACAUAAUAUAUUAACAGCUUUUUCCUUAAAAUGCAACUUGGCUAACCAAAAGCUGGAACUGGCAAAUGCAGCAGAGCUUAAGAAAUGUUUGCUGUUUUAUUGUCUUUGAAAGUAAAUCUUGGUUAAAAAAAUAAACUGUGGAAGGCUACUUUCACACUCGCGUUUUGGCUUUCCGGUUGUGAGAUCCGUCAUGGGCUCUCACCACUGGUCUAAAACGGAUCAGUUUUGCCCUAAUGC